AUGCAGAGCCUUACCAACCUCGUCCUCCUCGCCAGCGCGGUGGCCCCUGUCUUGUCCGCCGCGAUUGCACCAAUCGAGAAGAGGAGUGUUUUGCACAUUGCGGCUGAUGUUGAUGCUGGUAUUCCUUUCGACACCAAGGUAGUCGACUCGGACGCUUAUAAUACCUUUGUCAGCACCGAGGUAGUCCUGCUGGAGGGGACGGACAAGCGCCAGGACGCCGACCCGGAUCGCAACUCCACAAUCCCAGAUGCUAUCUAUACACUGCAAUGCACAGACGACGGUUUCCGCGGAGACUGUCUGGUAUUUGGUGCCAAACCUGGGGCUUGUGUGUCCUACUUUGACUUCCAGCCCGCCAACUCCACAGAAGUCAGCGACCGCUUCAACAACAAAGUCACUUCCCUCUCUGUGAACACCGGUGGUGACUGCCAGUGGUAUCUGUACGAGGGUUGCAAUGAUAAGGGUGACGACCGUGGGUUCACCAGCUCAUACAACGCCCCCCAGAAAGCGUGCCGGACUUUCAACUCGUCCGAUGUUGAAGGUGUCCUAGUUCAGAUGCAAGGCGUAAUCACGGACCCGGACUUAUACCGUCUCUUUGAGAACACAUACCCCAGCACCCUUGAUACGGCAAUCAAAUGGAAGGGAUUUGCGGCGAAUAACUCGGAGGAGGAAUUGACCUUUGUGAUCACCGGAGACAUCAACGCCAUGUGGCUCCGCGACUCGGCCAACCAGGUGCAGCCCUAUCGAUCCUUGAUCAAGGCCAACGACUCUUCCACAGACGGCCUUGCCUCACUCUUCCGAGGUGUCAUCAACAUUCAAGCACGGUACCUACUGUUCGGCCCUUUCUGCAACGCGUUCCAAGCCCCUGUCGAGUCAGGCAUCCCUCCUGCAGAGAAUGGGGCUGCAGUUGGCGUCACCGUGAAGCCGGCAUAUGACAACUCGACAGUCUUCGAAUGCAAAUACGAACUUGACAGCUUAGCUGCGUUCCUCGAGGUGUCUACCGACUAUUACGCGGCAACGAAUGAUGUUGAGUUUUUCGGGAAAUUCCAAUGGCUUUCCGCUGUCCGGGCUGUUCUAGAUACGGCAAAAGCCAUGCUCACACCAACUUACGGUGAAGACGGCCGGGUCCUCGAGUCGCCGUACACGUUCACCCCCGGACUCAAUGGCGGCGUGGGCAGUCCUGUCGCAAAUGGCACGGGACUGAUCCGCUCAACCUUCCGCCCUAGCGAUGACAACACGCUGUACCAACUCUUCAUCCCUGCCAAUAUGAUGUUCUCGCGGAACCUUGUCACCACGGCGGAGAUCGUGGCGGCGUUGGGUGAUGCCGCCCCCGCUGGCCUGGCCGCGGAGAUGACGGAUUUCUCGAACUCGCUGAGGGAAGCGAUUGAGAAUUAUGGCAUCGUGACGGACGCCACUACAGGCACAAGGAUCUUCGCGUAUGAGGUGGACGGCUUCGGGAGCACGGCGAUCAUGGACGACGCUAACAUACCUUCUCUGCUGUCAGCACCGUUCCUGGGGUACCUGGAUGUCAAAGACGAAGUCUACCAGAACACACGAACGGUAAUCCUGGACCACACAGGCCCGACGGGAAAUCCUUACUUCAUGCGGGGCCCAGUGAUCAACGCCGUCGGCGGUCCACACGCAGGUCUUGGCCAGGCAUGGCCAAUGGCAAGUAUCGUGAGGAUCUUAACGACCGAUGACGAGGCGGAGAUCACAACUUCGCUGAAGGAGAUUCUCAGCAGUACGGAUGGGCUUGGGUUGAUACAUGAGAGUGUAAACACCUUCAAUCAGAGCGAUUGGACAAGGCAGUGGUUCACGUGGGCAAAUGGACUGUUCGGACAAAUGAUCCUGGAUCUCAAUGCAACACAGCCGGGAAUACUUCAGCAAAGCUUCCAGUAA